AUAGGCUGUGUAAUACUGCAUGCCGCAAUACGAUUUUCACUUGAAAGAAACUUAGUACUAAAAACUACUCUAUUAUAUUAUGGGAACUGUUUCAUUGAAUCUCUUUCCUAUAAUUUCCAGUAGGCAAAAACUAAACAGAAAUAGAGUUUCUACUGAUCAAAGAUUGUUGAGAAAGAAGAGCAUUACUGAUACUUCCCUUCGUGUUAAUCAGAUCUCCGCAAAAAUUUCUUCUCUUUAUUCGUGUGCAUAUAAUGGGAAGAACAGUGGUGUGCUUGAAAAGGACUCGGUAUCGCUUACUGAUGGUCAGCUAAAUUCAGAAAUGCAUGAUGAUGGGAUUGGAAUUGUCGAUUUUUUUUGUGGGAAGAAGCUUCUUAUUACUGGUGCAACUGGAUUCUUAGCAAAAGUUCUUGUGGAGAAGAUUCUGAGGACAAUGCCAGAGGUGGAUACGAUAUUUCUGCUGAUUAAAGCCAAGGAUGAGGAGGCUGCAAUGGAAAGAUUAAUGAAUGAAAUUAUAAAAACAGAGCUCUUCAAGUGUUUACGAGAGAAGCAUGGAAUGCUAUUUGAAAAUUUUAUAUUGAGCAAGCUGGUGCCUGUGGUUGGAGAUAUGCGCAAAACAAAUAUAGGCAUCGAGGAAGAGGUAGCUAAUCGCAUAGCAACAGAAGUGGACGUGAUCAUCAAUUCUGCAGCCACUACAACAUUUGACGAAAGGUUUGAUGUGGCUCUUGAUAUUAACACAAAAGGAGCUGCACGGAUUGUAAAUUUUGCUAAGAAGUGUGAGAAGCUCAAGUUGUACGUGCAUGUAUCAACAGCUUAUGCUUCUAGACAGAGACAAGGAAAGAUUAUUGAAGAAUCAUUCGGUAAGGGGCAUUAUGUAGUAAGCGGUGCAGGUAAGAAUGAAGCACCAGAUAAACAUGUACUUGGCUUGAAUAUUCAAGCUGAAAUAAAGCUUGCAUCAGAAAUGGUAGAAUCUUCUAAGGAAAACGAAAUGGAUCGAAAUCUCAAGGAUUUGGGCAUGAGAAGGGCACAGAAAUAUGGGUGGCAGAACACGUAUUCGUUAACCAAAGCAAUGGGCGAAAUGGUAGUCGAAGAUACAAAAGGAGAACUACCUGUAAUCAUAAUUCGGCCUAGUAUUAUCGAAAGCACUUUAAGAGAACCAUUUUCGGGUUGGAUAGAAGGUAACAGGAUGAUGGAUCCAAUUAUCCUCUUGUAUGGAAAAGGGAAGCUCCCUGGUUUCUUUUCAAAUCCUGAUAUGGCUCUGGAUGUGGUACCGGCUGACAUUGUUGUCAAUUCAACAUUAGCCGCCAUAGCAAAACAUGGAGGCAAAGAAAGUAAAGUAGAAGACAACAAUUCAAAUGAUCAUGUGUACCAAAUUACUUCAUCUGUUGCAAAUCCUUUGAUAACCCGGGAUCUGCUGGACCUGGCCUUUCAGCAUUUUAGCCUAAGUCCUUGCUUUGAUCGCGAGGGAAAUCCAAUCCAAAUUUCAGCAUUCAAGUUCUUCUCCUCUAUAGAAGAUUUGUUGUCCGACAUGAAGAGCACUAGCAGCAAUGAUGAGAUUUCUCCCAGACAGGAAAUUAUUCGUAGAAAAUCAAUAGAACAUUUUAAGUACAUGGCUAAUCUGUACCAACCCUACACCUUCUUCGAUGGAAGGUUUGAUAAUAACAAAGUCGAGAAACUAUUGGAGUGCUUGUCUGAAGAAGAAAGAAAAGAUUUUGGAUUCGAUGUAAGCUCCAUAGACUGGGAAGAUUACAUUACAAGGGUCCAUUUUCACGGUGUCAGGAAGCAUGUUAUGAAGGAGACAGCCCUCAAGUAGUUAUGUUCAGGACAAAACCUUUGAUGCCUUCACUCCAUAUUAUGAUGCCAAGGCUCCAAACUAUAUUCAUCUAUAGAUGCUCCUAUUGUCUCGAAAAUCUGGAUAGGAACGGGGAGGCUGGCAUCAUUCCUUCGUUUUGAUUAUUAAUCCUGAAUUCCUGAUAACGUUGUAUUCUCUCAAGAGAACGAUUUCGUACAAGUAGUAACACAUUUUCUGAUUUGUUCUUUCACGAACUUACAAGUUAUCCAAAAGUCUCAAGAUUUGAGUUGUGAUAUGA